UGAUUUACUCAAUCAAUGACAAAAACCUGGGUGCACUUGAAUUUGCUUUCCUUCCCCUUUCCUCCUCCCUCCUCUGUCUCCUCCUCCCUAAGCGUCCUCGCUCUGCGUCCUGCUUCCUUCGUGCUGCCUUCACUUACUUCCAGCUUGGAUACUGCGAGCAUCGACGACAUGACUCUCCAGCCAGCAACCUUUAUCCUCCUCUUUCUUCACGCCUGGACUGUGUGGGCCGAGGUGGACGGGACUAUGCCUGAGAGUGUCGAGGUGUACCUGGGCGACUCGGCCGAGAUCCCGUGCCAGUACAAUAUCACUGGCUCGCCCAGCCAGAUCUCUAUCCAGUACUUUGUGCACGACCAAGAAAGGAACUCGCGGACCCGGAUCAUCUACAGCGACGGCAAGAACAUAUCCGUGGACGACGACACAGAGUACAGCGGCCGCAUCCAGGUGACCUCGGACCAGCAAGAAACCCUCCUCACCAUCCAGAAGGUCCAGCUUUCAGACGAGAGGGAGUUCUUCUGCUCGGUGAACGCAUUAAAUGCAGGCUACAGCGAUGAAAAGACUCACCUCAGGGUGUUUGCUGAACCAGACGCUCCAGUAAUCCAGGGAGUCCAAACCGGUAUAUCAGUGACCAAUGAGAUGCCGUCAAAGGUUGCAACAUGUGAAGUCCGCAACGGCUUUCCCAAGCCCAACAUCACCUGGUACAGGAACGACAUGGCUCUAGUGCCCGCAGCAGGACUUGUCAACGUGAGGACUGACGAUUCACUUGAGUCCAGUCAAUUGUACUCGAUACUGAGCACGCUGGAAUACAAGGUGCAGAAGGAGGACAAGGAUGCUAAUUUCUCCUGCGAGGUCAGCUUCUUUGUACCGGGGGCCAUCAGGACCGUAGAAUCCGGCAACGUCGGCGUCAGCGUCCACUACCCCACCACCAUGGUGGAGCUGUGGAGGGAGUCGCCUCAGCGAUUGGUCAAAGAGGGGGACACUGUGGAGUUGCGUUGCCACGGCGAUGGCAACCCCCCGCCGACCUUCAUUAUCAGCAGGGAGCAAGACCCUGAUGUGGACUUGGAGGCCCAGAGCAGCGUGUUGGUUCUGCAGGCGGUGUCGCGCAAAGACAGCGGCAUCUACCAGUGUCGCCCACUGGACACCGACACUCCCCAACAGGUCAAAGGAGAGAUGCAGCUCAAUGUGCACUACCUGGACCCUGCUGUGCUGGUACCUGCAGAAUCAGAGGACUUGGUCAAAGGUGAACAUUUGACCGCGACCUGCAACGCCUUGUCCUCCCUGAAAACAUCCACCAUCUGGCACAAGGAUGGUAAGAUGGUAGGUCAAGGAAACACACUGCACCUGCAGGACGUCACCUAUGAAAUGGCAGGAGAGUACGUAUGCAACGUGACCGCACCCUCCCUGCCCUCCCUGCACACCAGCGGCUCCGUUCACAUCGUCGUUAACGGCGGUCCUCAGCUGGUGGGCGAGGAGCAGGAGGUGCAGCUGGAGGAGACGCUGGGCAGAAUGGUGAACCUGACCUGCAAGGCACGGGGCCACCCGGCCCCCAGCAUCACGUGGAGCUUCGUGGGAAGUCAGAGCUGGCAGGUGGUGGCGAGCAAAUCCAGUGAUCACGUGACACGCAGCGUGGUGUCCGUCACCGUCGCCUCGGACAUCAGCGCCCAGUGCAACGCCUCCAACGACUUGGGAGCGGACGUCAGAGAUUUCAGCAUCAAAGCAGUUCCACUGACCCCACCAAGGAACCCCUUCUCUCCCGCAGAAGGAAACGGCGUGAUCAUCGUCGUGAUCAUCUUGUGUCUGCUGCUGCUCGCCACCCUGGGCAGCGUCCUCUACUUCCUGCACAAGAAGGGAAAGAUCCCCUGUGGACGCUCGGGGAAGCAGGACAUCUCCAAAGAGAAGACCGCCAAAGACGACAUCGUGGUGGAGAUGAAGAGCGAGGCAAAGACCGAAGCGAAGAGCGAGGACGUCGUGCUCCUAAAGGCCGUCAACGGGGACAAAAAUGGUCCAAGCCAGCAAUGAAGAAGUGGAAGAUCAGCAGGACCAUUAUUGUCCACUCAAGAGACCAGCAGCUGAUCUGAGACCAACAGGGACACACACACACACACACACACACACGCACACACAGACUUUUGAAUGAAUGUUGUUUUUCUGUUUUUGUAAAAGUUUCCCGGUCGUGGUGUUGACGUGGUGUUUGGUCCUCCAUGGAGAAGUGUACAUAUUUAUAUAUAUUUUGUUAUUUAAGAUAUUUUCUCACGCCCGUUUCACACUUCCUGCUCGGCGUGCUCGUCACGGGGUUCCGCAACAACUGCUGUCAAGCCCCGCCCCCUCCCGGCCCUGUGGCACUGUUUGUAAAUACACAACACCUGCUGGCCGACUGUUGACGGGAGCUCAAAGGUUAGCGAUCUGCUGUGCCUUUUUUUUUUUCUUCUUUCGCUUUUUUGGAAACGCGUUUAAACACUGAAUCUUUGGUGUCGGCCAUUUUCUUCGCUUUUUCAUUUCAUUUUAAUGACCUUUUUUGAAUUUGCCUGCUGGCGCCAGAACAGAAUUAGGUUCUACAGUUACAAUCGUGCAGGGACACCGGCGCCCCCUGCUGGCUCAGGCCUCUUGUUUGCGUUCCUUCAAAAAGAACAUUGUUGAUAUUUCCUGGUGUGUGUCAUGUAAGUACUGUACACGUGUGGUUGUUAGGAUUUUUACCACUUCUUUGCAGGAAAUGCCAAAUAAAAAUGUCUGUUCUUUUUUUUCAA